AACGCAUCCACCCACUCUCGAGUCAGGCGCUAGACUCAUGUUGGACUUGGUCGCGCUCGGCAGAGUCCACAGCAGAGAUAUCGCACUAUAUUAGUGCGCUUGGUUCCCCCAAUCUGCACCGAGCUAACUCCCUCGCUCUAACCUCUUCCGCCUAGUCUCACUGAUCGAGCCCCCAUCCUUGCCACCAUCCCCAGCAAGAUCAGCGCGCUCCAGGACGCAGUCUAGUGCCUGGCCUCUGCACCACACGCCCCCCAAACAAUAACCCUCCUCUCCAUGCGCCACUCCUUCCACAACCGGCGCCAGUAAACAUAUACUGGUUUGCGCGCCGCUUGCGACGAAUCCUCAACCUGGACACCUCCUCGACACCCUUUCUGUCGCAUUCAUAUUCGCCGCCUGCGGUCUAUUACUAUAUUUUCUUCUUCAUCAUUUAUUUUAUUCCCUGACCGCACGCGCUGCUGAACCGAGUCGCACGCACGGCACACACACACAGACGCACGCACACCGAAGCAGGCAGCGUCCAACCAACCAACCAACCAACCACCCCGCCACGCUUUGCCGUCGCUAGUCACUGCGUCUUCACCAGACCGCCACCAACUACCACCAACCCUUGGCCGUCCCAUUUUAUCGCGAAGAAAAAAGCGAGCCGACGUGUAAUUCCUCCUCUAUGGAUCGCGCUGCUCCAGAAUACUCGCAGACAGGUUUGCCAUCGCCCUAUCCAAGCACCUUUGGCGACGCCCCAUCCGAAGGCUCCUCCGCAGAACAUCCUGCUGCUGCUGCUCAGUACCCUCCUGUGCAAAAAGACUCGAGCUAUCCCGCAUCGGCCACUCCUACUUCCGAGUACGGCGUGUAUCCUACGUCGGCGCGUUCAGGAUCCUUUCCAGAACCAGGUCAGCGUUCAUACCAUCCAGCCGGCAACUCCAGCAGUGGCGGUAUGGCGCAACAGCACAGUCCGUCUUUGUCCCAUCAGGAUGGGCGUAGCCAUCAAGCCCACCACGUCAAUUCUGACAGCGAUGUUCCUAUAGAUCCGUCCAUCGCGGCGCCGAGCCCUACAUAUCCCUAUGGCCAGCACUCCCCUUAUGCGCCCAACCCCGACAUGUCGCACGGCUACCCUCAUCCCAGUGGCGGCAUGUAUGGUCAACCGCGCCCAGAAUGGGGAGCCUAUGGCCAACAUGGCCCUCCCAUGACUCCUGGUGGUCACCCUGUCUACGCUCAAGGUGGCCAGCCGCCGCAACAGCGCCCUAGCCAGGUCUACUCCUUCGUCCCGAUUCCCGGCGCGCAGCAACACAAACGCCCCCGAAGACGCUAUGAGGAAAUUGAGCGCAUGUACAAGUGUGGCUUCCAAGGCUGCGAGAAGGCAUAUGGUACUCUGAACCAUUUGAACGCCCACGUUACAAUGCAGUCUCAUGGACAAAAGCGAACACCAGAAGAAUUCAAGGAAAUCCGCAAGGAAUGGAAGGCGCGCAAGAAGGAAGAAGACGCUCAGCGCAAGGCUGAGGAGGAGAGACAGCGGGCCACUGGAGAGGCACAUGAGCCUCCCUCAUCGUACCCUGGCUCGCGGCCAGUACAGCUGCCUCCCAUCGGCUACUCCCAUCAGUACCCUGCGCCGCCCUCUGGCCAACCGCCUAUGCAAGAGUACGGUGGUAGCCACAUGUACUCGAGUUACCAGCCUCACUCGCCUUACGGUGCCCAGAACUUGUACAACCAAUCCAAUGGAAGCCAAGCUCCCAGUCACUAAAGCUUGACAGACCAUGGUCUGGUCGGUCCAAGCGAGCAGCGGAGAGCCGAGAAAGCUUACUAGCAACUCGGUUGUAUUGAUUGAUGAUAUUCCCCCUCUUUUCUUUCUUUUUCUUCUUUGCAGCUUUUCCGCGCUGAGGGCUUCUCAGCUUAUACAUUUGGAUGCAGCACCUCGCGGUGCUGGCGUUUGAUCUUUUGACCUGGAUGGUUUUCUCUCUGCGUUCUUGUUGCUCUUCUUCUCCCUGCCACCCUUUACUUUUGAAGGGGGGUUAGGCGACCCUUUUCUUUUCUAUUCCCUUGUGUUAUUCGCAUACAUGACCUGGCGGAUUCGGCACUGGUGUCUUUUGUUUUGGAACGGUUGGCGGAGCGGAGUUUGGUCGUUGCGAAACCAAUCCCUUUCGGCUUUGAGAGUCGACUGCUUAUCUGUUUAUACGGAUUGGUUAUUGUGCUUUGUUCUGGUUUGCCCUGUUUUGCUUGUCUGAUUUUUUAUUACAACGUUUAGUUUUUGGGAUCCUCCUCAACAGCAACAAAGAAACUUCCGCAGGCUCUACCACGCAAUCUCGAGGAAUCGAGAGCGAGGAAAAAGAUGUUGAAGAGGGUUGGUGACACUUAGCACGUUUAUUGAGCCUUUUGAGGCUGCUUUGGAGCAAAUGUACGAGAAAGUGGCGAGCUCAUGGGAGCUACGGGAGUUGGACGCCCUUUUUUUUGGAAUGUGAAAUCUUCUUAUUACUUUUACAUAUACGGUAAAAUACCCCCCUGGUUGUUAGACCUUUUUAGUGUGCAGCAAGCAAUAUAUUCCAUCCGCAACAAGU